UCACAACCACCUAUGAAAUUCAAGGUUAGACAAAAACAUCAUGCCCGUAACAGACAACGGUUGUGGCCAACAAAGGAAGAAGGAAUUAUUAGUAACACCAUGCGCAUUUUUUAAAUGUUUUAUGCAGUGUAAACUUUAAUCAAUUGGUGUCACCAGCCAAGAGAAAGAAAAUGAUUUGCACAGCCCACAUUUUGGCACAUAAAAUCAACAACUUCCUCACUAGUCAAGCAUUAGCUCAUUGUAAUAUGGAACUUCCACAAAUUAACCAAGUCAAUAGGCUUCUCAUAGCAUUUUUGUUGUUUCUUCUUGCAACUUUGGUUCUGUCUUUUCCUUUUGAGCCUCCAGGCAAUGUUAGGCAAUGGCACAUGACUUCUGAUGUAAAGGAAGUAGCAGGGAAGUCUUAUGACUAUAUUAUAGUGGGUGGAGGCACAUGUGGUUGUCCAUUAGCUGCUACUCUAUCAGAGAAAUUCUCUGUGCUGCUUGUAGAAAGGGGUGGUUCACCGUAUGGGAAUCCUUUGGUGAUAGAAAGGAGGAACUAUGGAAUUCCAUUACUUGAGACUGACAAAUACAUGUCAGUGGCACAAAGUUUCAUAUCACAGGAUGGAGUUGGCAAUGUGAGAGGAAGAGUUCUGGGGGGGUCAUCAGCUAUAAAUGGGGGCUUUUACAGUAGAGCAAGUGAGGAAUUUGUUUGCAGAGCUGGUUGGGACAAGAAGCUGGUCAAAGAAGCUUAUGAAUGGGUGGAAUCAAAGGUUGUCUUUCCUCCUUUUUAUCUCUCACCAUGGCAAUCUGUUGCUGAAUUCAGCAUACUUGAAGCAGGAGUUUUACCAUACAAUGGCUUCAGCUUGGAACAUAUCAAGGGAACCAAGAUUUCUGGAAGUGUGUUUGAUGAAUUUGGAAAGAGACAUACCUCAGCAGACCUUCUGAAUGCAGGGAACCCAAAGAACCUCACAGUUCUCAUAAAUGCCACUGUCAAGAGAAUCCUCUUUCAUCACAGUAGUUACAGGAAUGAAACCAGAGCUAAGGGUAUAAGUUUCAUGCAGAGCAAUAGCACAUUAGAUGAAGCACAUGAAGCCUACAUAAAAGAAGUCCAGAAUUCAAGUUCAAGGGGUGAUGUCAUAUUGGCAGCAGGUGCAUUGGGUAGUCCUCAACUUCUGCUGCUAAGUGGCAUAGGGCCAAAAGAACAGCUGAGAAGGUUCAACAUUUCGUUAGUGCGUGACAUUGAAGGGGUUGGGAAAGGAAUGCAAGACAACCCUUGUAUAGCAGUUUUGGUGGAUUCUAAGCCACAGAAUAGGCUUCCUGAUCCACCCCAAAUUGCAGGCAUAACAGAUGACUACAAAAUUAUAGUUGAAGCAUCAAUACUUCCUCUAAGUUCCAAUUCCACAAGGGUUAAUGUUGCUGCCAAGAUAGCUAUGCCUACUUCAAAAGGUGCACUUCACCUGAACAACACAGACCCCAGGCUGAACCCUUCUGUGAGGUUCAACUAUCUAGCUAGUGAAAAUGACAUGGAAGAAUGUGUCAAGAUGACAAAACUGCUUGACAGAAUUGCAAGGUCAAAGUCUAUUGCAUUUUUCCUAGGUGAGUCACGGCAAGAAAAACUGACAUCCGCUGAUGUUGAUCUAAGAAACUUCUGCAAGAAAAAUGUGAGAACAAUCUAUCAUUAUCAUGGAGGUUGCACGGUUGGAUCAGUGGUUGAUGAGCACUACAAGGUUUAUGGUUUAAAGGGAUUGAGAAUAUUGGAUGGCUCGACUUUUUCAGAGUCACCGGGCACAAACCCAAUGGCCACCCUUCUCAUGCUAGGAAGGUACCAAGGACUCAAAAUUCUGAGCGAAAGGAAUGCAGUUUCUGACUCAAAUGCCAAAGAUAAAACAAAAUGAUUUCUCUAUUAUUACCUUCCAAACAAAACCAGCUUGUAAAAAACAACAAGGCAGCGCUUAGAAGCCUAACAGUGUGUACCAUGCAAAAUAAUAAUUCUGCUUCAGCAAUGUAAAUUCAUUUCAUUUCAAUUCAUUCACUCUCAUCUCAUCCAAUUCAUUGAUUAACAUUGAACCAGAGAACAAGAAAACCUUCAUGAAUUUUUCCUUUCUUUCUU